CGCCAGACUAGUCCCGCUGCUGGAGUUGGAUGGCCCUUACGCUGCGCUUAUCUACGUCGGAGCUCAGCUCUCUUCGUUACGCCUCCUAUUGUCCUAAGGCCGGUUCCUAAAGAUUAAACAGUGGCAAAGGGCCACAGACGUGGAUCUCGAUUGCGAACAUGCUAAGGCUCUCGAACAAAAUCUAGUAAUUCGUAUUAGCCUUGUGUGAGCUAAACCACUGCCGUAAGAUACAAACAAAUCCUAGAAGUGUCACCGCCAGACCUCGUAUCUCCACAAAAUUAUUCGGUGCAAAAAGGGAGGCUACCGAAAAAAAGCUAAAAACAGAAAAGGAUAAGAUCGGAUAAUACAAGUCCGACUUGGUCUACUCUGUCUUAGAUACGCCCCGUUCCCAGGUGGAAACUUCGUUGCUAUAUCGUGACAAUUUUUUCACACGAUCUUCGGAAUAUGCGCAUUAUUUAUAUAAAAAUAGCGUUACGCAGAUCUAUUGUGUAGUUGUUCGUUUGUGGAUUAUCAUAUACAAAGGAAGGAGGAAUCUAUAUCGUUUGUGAUCCCGAGAUGGGGCUAAACAUGUCUUCGGAUAGCAUCUUGCUAUCGCGGAUUUCGUAUCGACAUUCACGAGUCGGUAAUCUCCCCUACAUCGUCUACUUUUCCGGAUGCCUUGCCACUUUGGCCUGUUCGCUCCUGAUAGCCGGGGCGAUCAUGAUGGCAAUUGUCUUCACAGAGGUUCGACCGCCAACGGAUGAUGAAAAUUAUCAACGAUAUAUCGGAGCUGAUUUCCGUCGCGUUAUCGGUCCCCUUAUGAUGGUCAUGGCGUCGUUGAUGCUACUUCUGGGUUGUGGCGUAACGCUUCUGGGAUAUACAUCGGCGCAAACCGAUCGUAAGGAAAUACAGAAAUACGUAGACGCCGAAAUGCAGAGCCUUCCGGUGCAUCAGAGCGGAUACCCUUAUACGAAAUAGCACCGGAUCGACUUCUACGGUAACGAAUAAUAUGGUCAGCGACAUAGUGUACAAUUCCAUUUAGCAUGCAUUGACGAUAUCCGCUGCCUUUCCGAGUGAAAUAGUAAGAAAACCGUUCUAGACCGUGACGUUCAUUUCGCUAAACAAAAAAGAACUCUAUUCCCUUCAGCCAUAUAGGAGAGGAGCUAAAAUUGUCACGCCUUCACACUGUCCACUCGUUCAGUAUAAUGCAAAUUGUCUACGGUAAACUCUAUAUAAGCUAAGUUCUUCUAUAUCAUCAGCUUUGAGCGCGACCCGUCAGCAGCAUCUGCAACUACUUGGCCAGAUGAUUGGGCGUCAAUUCAUUGAUUACAUAGUGGUUGUUUGUAGGUCUGGCUUGCGGAGGAAGCAGAUUAGUACAGUUGCCAGUGCGCGUGUUAUUUGUGGUCGGCCACGCAAUCUGACUUUUCUAUAGUUUCAAUGUUUGUUUUUGAUUUUGAGCGAUGUGGUGAAACUAUACUGAAAAGCAAUAUUUAAUAUCGACGUAUUGAAACUGUAGACUUUGCAAGCGGACGAAAGACAUCUCCGAGUAGAUCUGUUUUGUUUAGAGAGAAGCAUUUGAGCAGCGAUGGCAAACUGAGCCACGGCGAUUCUCCCAAAUUUUGACCAUAGAGAACUUUUGAUUUGUCUGUUUAUCUAGGCCAAGUUACUCUGAUGUGAGAUAGGGCAAAUAUAUUGAUUCUUACAAGCCGGAUUAAGCAAAGAAUCGAAGCAGCAAAACGCAUAGGGGCCCAUGAAAUUAUAUAUAUGUAUAAACCUAAAGGAAGAGAUUAUUGAAUAAGAUACAAAAAAAAAACUUUGUACUACUAGUCCUAUCGAGGAAUUAAUUAUGUUUACGUAGCGCACACUAUCAACGUGUUUACACUCUAUCGAAUUUUCAGUAUAUACGCGAAUAUAAAUGCUGUAUAAAGUUAGAAAUCUGUAUUUUCUCAAUUGUAAGCAUGUCAUAGGCAAUCGACAUAAAGCAUAAUCAUCCAACCGUAAAUUUGAAUAAAAAUACACGAUUUUUUUUAAGUCAA